GCUUUCAUAAAACGUUGGCGUUGUUUCAAGGUAAGCUCUCGCUACUAGUUUCUAUCACCCUAUAGACGAAAUUGAGAAAGAAUUAGGAGAGUCGAGUAAGCAAAGAGGAAAAAAACAAAGUAGUUUUUCAAAGAUGAACAAUGUCUGCGCUGUUUACCAAAGAUGACGGAUCUUCUAUGAUUAUUGCUGUUUCAAAACUAUUGGAAGCCACACCGGGAUUCCAGUUAAGCAUGGAGACUUAUGGUGCAAAAAUACUGUUUAUUGAAUUGAGGGAGUUUGACUUAAAGCAACACGACUUUUAUAUUGUCCCUGAAGAAACCAAGAAAGCCCUUAUUCAUCGAGAGUUAAGACGUGUUUUAAAUUUGAAAUAUGCUAUACUAAAGCGCAUUGUAAAGGUUUCUUGGCUUUCCAAUUGCAUUGAACAGAAAACCAUAAUACCAGUCGAUCCUUUUCGAGUUUUCACAAGUAUGGAACCACAAUAUGUUGAGCAACCGCCACGAAGAAGAGAGUAUUUUAGUCUUGAAGAUGAAAAAAUAUUAGUGGACUACGUUCAUAAAGCCAAUGUUCCCAAAUCAGGAGUCAAUAUAUAUAAAGAACUAGCUCGCAAGUAUCCUCAACACACUGCAGAAUCUUGGCGGGAGCAUUAUAAAAUAAUUCGAAAAGCACUCCCUCCAACUGAAGAUGAUCAUAUUACAAGUUCUCAAAAUCGAACUGUGACAAUUGUUCCUUCUCAAAGUGUUGGAAGGGUCUCUUCAGGAACAUCCGAUCCACAAACAAGCAUAACACCCACAAAAGCACAACAUAUCCAUCAUUAUCCUUUUUCUGUACCGCAUCCUGAACAUUCUACAAAAAAAAGAUCUUACUUUCCAUCAAAUAUUACAGCAUCACCAUUGUCUAGCAAGCCGCUUUCUUCCUCUUUAAGCUAUACCAAAACUGACUUAAAACUUUUGGAGUAUUAUCUUUACUCUUACGGUAAAGAAAAGAGCUUAGACGAUAUUUGUGAAAUCUUAAAUAAAAAGUAUUCCAAUUUUCAUACUUUUUCUGAUUGGAGAUUACUUUAUAAAUACUUUUAUCCACAUCUAAAUUUUGAGACUCCAGCUCCUGCAUUGGUCCAACGUGAAUCAAAAACUGAAGACUUAUCUUUGGAAAAUUUAGAUGUUGAUGACCAAAUGAUCGAAGAAAAAUUCCUUGAUAAUCCUUCUUUCACUUCAGAUACAUUUUCAAUUCAAGAAGCAAUCUCUCCCAAGUCUUCGAAAAAGUCAAGGUUGGCUUCCAAUGAGAUUUCAAAGGUGCAAACUGUCAACGGAUUAACUGAAAGUUCUGAUGGUUUCUCAACUAUUCCGAAGUCUUCUUCAAUACCUGUUUCAUUCCAAGAAUCUCCUUCCAGGAUACUCGAAUCACCCUCAAAGACCCUUUUCUCUUUGUCAAAUUCCUUUGGUAAAUCAUAUAGAAAUAGAAGCUUUAGUCCACAGUCUUCCACGAAAUCCACAAUUUUGGAUAACGCCUUUCCGGUUGGAUUAUCAAACACUUUGAAAGAAGGAAAUAUAUUUGUCCGUCCAAAUGAAGAUCUAGCCAUUCCACCUUUAGGCAUGAGCAGUGAUUCAGAAAGCUUUCCAAAGACUGAUUCGGAGCUGGAUGAUGACGCCGAGUUUGAAAAACAAAUUACAACUACUUAUAGCUCUUCUCCUAUAAAAGUCGAAACCCCUAAAGUCAAUAAAAAUCAAGAUACGAUUGGUAAAUCAUCUUCAGUCGGUUCAUCUCGAACUUCAGACUCGCGCUCGUUCGUUAGCCGAUCUAGUAGCCCUCCUGAAAGCCCUUCAGCAGGUAAUUUGGAUGCGGAGACCUCGGAUAACCUCUUACUAGGACGCAAUUAUUUAAAAAAAUUGGAGCACAAACGUCAAAUUCAUUCGAAAAGUCCAACAGAUGAUCAUGAUAUAAUGAUUGAUGCUAACCUUUCAAAUGAGAGAGAAAAUUCCUCUUUUUCUUCUUUAAGAAAUACGAGUCUUCUGGUUGCAGAAUCACCGAACAUAUCUCCAAUAAAAAAUUCUCCUAUUCGACAUGACAAAAAACCGUUUUCGGAAGUUUUACGAGAAUUGCAUGAUUAUUUAGUAGUUGUUAAUUCUUCUUCAAACAAACAAAAGGUCGAUGAAGCUAUAGACAUGAUUUUACGAUAUACACGAUCCAGUGAACAGCAAUUUCUUGAUGCACUUGAAUUAGCCGAAGGCAAUAUCAGUGCAGCGAUUGCCAAGCUUUUAUUACGUUCUUAACAUUGUAAUCAAUUAGAGGCUUACUGUUAUUUAUAUUAUUUAUUGUCGUUUAUGUAUAUAAUGAGACCUAUAUAGUUAGGGAUAUCGAAGACAUGGGUUAAAUUACAUGAAUAAUUUGUUUAUUUUUUCAACUAUAAGUUGCAGCCAUAAGGAAAACUUCACCUACCAUUUGUUAUAAGCAAAAGCUUUGAUUAGGUUUUUGGCAAUCGAGAACUCUGGAGGAAAACGGAUAGGAGGUGCUUGAGAAUCAGAACUCCAUUCUAACGAUUUUAAAACUUCCUCUCUCGAAAAAAAACGAACGUUUUCUAGCUCUAAGUCCUUGUCCAAAGAUAUUUCAGUAUCCUCCUUGGCGAUGGCAAAGCAAGCUAGCAUCAAGCUCUGAGGGAAAGGCCAAGGUUGACUAGUAUAAUAGAUAACUUUCUCAAUUUCAAGUCCUGAUUCUUCGUAAACCUCACGACUGACAGCUUCUUCAAUGCUUUCACCCGGCUCCAAAAAUCCUGCUAAGCAAGCGUACAACCCUGGAGGAUGCUUUGCAGCUCUGCCAAGGGCGAUCGAAUUCAUAUCAUGUGAAAGAACACCCAUAAUUACACAUGGAUCAGUACGAGGAAACUGAUAGUUGUUACUACCUUGUUUUGAUGGACAAGUGGACGAAGGAUUCAUGACAGCAUUAGUACAUACUAAUUUUGUCCCACCCUGAACAGGCAUGUUCCUUGAACCGCAUCCCGGACAAAACUUAUAUCUGUAAAUCCAGUCUAAGAGUGACCGACCAAAAGCGCAAACACCAGAUUCGGAGGCUUUUAAGCUGUAUUCUCUAGAAAAUAUAUUACGCAAAUUUACAAAAAUGGCCCCGUUAUCUUGUACAAGCCUCUGAAGUUCUUCAAUUUCGGUUACGUCUAUGGCGAAAACGUUAUUCUGGUCCCAUCCUUGAUUACCAUUGCCAUUUUCAUUAUUACCAAGAAAAACUAAGGUAGGUAAAGAAAAGGAAUGGUUGCUAUACUUUUCAGCCAACUGCUUCUCUGAAAUUUCAAAUGGAGAAACAUGAAAGUAUUUUGAAAUCUGGGGGUAAGACAGGGUAAAGAGAUUUUCUUCCUUGAUAGCCACAGCAGGAUUAAGAUCACUGAAAGGAAGGAAUUUGGUGGUAGGAGAACAAAAGGCCUUUUGUAGAAAUUCUCUAUUCGAACGAAGAAAGGACAGACGAUUCAAAGGAUUCCCCGAAAAGAAUUGAGUGGGCGCAGACGGUAAUCUGUAAACAAAUUCCAGUUAGUAAUGAAGAACAACCGUGGAAAAAAGAAAAGCCAACACCAUUCAAUGACACUCUUCUUCCAUAUUGGGACAGUAAGAAACCUGAAUCUUAGGAAUAUCACUCGAUCAUGGAAAGUUUUAGAGCUAAACGUUGCAAUAUUCUAAUACUUACUCUAGUUGUCGAGUCAGUGUAAGACGGUUCAUUCUGUCACGAUUGCUUGUAUUAGCAAUAUACUGACACUAGAUCCUUUUUUUUCGUUUUAUUAGUACCUAUUUCUAUUUUACGGUAAACUCAGAAUCAUGAAACGCUGAUACAACGAUGCUGUUCAGGUAAAUAUACUAAAGAGAAAUAAGUUUUAAGUGAGAGUUCUUGAAUCAGCAGUUAUUACUGUAUGAUCACUUAGUAGGUGGAAGAACACAAGUCCACUUCAUUACAUGUCGGGUUACGUAAGUUACUUCAAGUAUUUAUGAUAUGAAAAGUGACAAGUCCACCAUUAUGAACAAAAGAAGUAUGUAAAG